GUACUUUUGCCCUGUCUUACCCUACCUUACCUCGACCCCACCCAUUUAAAUUAAAAUGUGUCUUUAUUCGAGUGAAAUAAAGUAAUAAACUUUACAUGACAUUUGUACAAUAAGAAAGACGAUUAAGAAUGUAUACAGUAGAUUGAUUUGAUAUGGUUUGAUAUGGCUUUGUCUAUUUAAGCCUUGUUUUUAUUGGGACUGAACUGAUCUGAUUGGUCUAUGUGUAUAAUACAACUGUCAAAAUCUGGUGUGAUAUAUUAUAACUAAUUCCGUCUGUUUAAGGAUGUUUUAAAUUGGACUUAUUUCAGUCUCAUACCAGACCAAAAUCAGACCAGUCGGAGUAGACCGGACUUUAACAUACUGUUGAGUUUAAUCCAACACGAUAUAGUAAAUAUAUGUAUGAACACUCAGUUUUUACGUGGAAACCCGAAAGGGAGAAAACCACGGGACUUUUUAGGCUAAUGUCCAAGCCCUCUCUUUCUCAUUAGGACUCUCCUCACCAUUACAUAGUACAUUUUGAGCUCCUAUUAAUGGAGUCUUGCAAGCUAUUCUAGAAGAGGAAAGAAGAAGGAAGGGAUCCUUUUACAUGGAGGGAAACCUCCUAUUUAUAGGGAAUAGGGGGAAAGGGGGCUCUCCACCCUAACGGGCCGAAUGGGCCAAAAUGGGCCCAAAGGCCGAAACAGGCCUGAUAGGCUAAAAUGGGCCUUACUGAUUGGGCUCCGUACUACGUAAAGUCUUGGGCUCCUGAACAGUAAUAGGCCGGGAUGAUAUAUCCCAACACAAGUCCCCCAGUUUCUUGAGUAGUGAGCGUGCGAAUCUGCUCGAGAAAAUAUAUUCUUGCCUGCGCUCUUCCUCUGUCUUGCUGGAAACUGUGUCUUCACAUAAUCAUAAUAUAUGAGUGAGUGUCUGCACUCCUGAACGUAAUCUGCCGGUGAGGCACCCCCCUUCCCGACGGGGUCGGGCGAAGGGUGCUCCUCCACGGGCACGCUCCCCCUGAAUGCAUCAGGCGAGAGUAGAGGACUCUGACUCGAGCUUUCCAAUCGGAGAAGCUUAGAGGUCCAUGCGUCUAUAAACCGAUGUCGCGGUACUGUCAAAACACGAUGCACAUGUGUAUGUAUGAAUGUAUGAGGUAUGAUGCAUGAAUGCAUGAAUGCAUGUAAUGUAUGGGUGCGAUGUAUGAGAGAAGGAAUGUGAGAUGUGAUAGAAAGCGGUGGCUCUCAUCGAUAAACCGGGCAUGUCAGCGCCGAGGGGCAGACGUGCUGCAUAAGAGACGUUCGUCGCCAUCCUGAAAGGGAUGGGCGACCCUAACGUGAGCCAGACACGAUGGCGCUGGGGCGCUGAUCGUGCUGCAUAAGAGACGUUCGUCGCCAUCCUGGAAGGGAUGGGCGACCCUAACGUGAGCCAGACACGAUGGCGCUGGGGCGCUGAUCGUGCUGCAUAAGAGACGUUCGUCGCCAUCCUGGAAGGGAUGGGCGACCCUAACGUGAGCCAGACACGAUGGCGCUGGGGCGCUGAUCGUGCUGCAUAAGAGACGUUCGUCGCCAUCCUGGAAGGGAUGGGCGACCCUAACGUGAGCCAGACACGAUGGCGCUGGGGCGCUGAUCGUGCUGCAUAAGAGACGUUCAUUGCCAUCCUGGAAGGGAUGGGCGACCCUAACGUGAGCCAGACACGAUGGCACUGGGGCGCUGAUCGUGCUGCAUAAGAGACGUUCGUCGCCAUCCUGGAAAGGAUAGGCGACCCUAACGUGAGCCAGACACGAUGGCGCUGGGGCGCUGAUCGUGCUGCAUAAGAGACGUUUGUCGCCAUCCUGGAAGGGAUGGGCGACCCUAACGUGAGCCAGACACGAUGGCGCUGGGGCGCUGAUCGUGCUGCAUAAGAGACGUUCGUCGCCAUCCUGGAAGGGAUGGGCGACCCUAACGUGAGCCAGACACGAUGGCGCUGGGGCGCUGAUCGUGCUGCAUAAGAGACGUUCGUCGCCAUCUUGGAAGGGAUGGGCGACCCUAACGUGAGCCAGACACGAUGGCGCUGGGGCGCUGAUCGUGCUGCAUAAGAGACGUUCGUCGCCAUCCUGGAAGGGAUGGGCGACCCUAACGUGAGCCAGACACGAUGGUGCUGGGGCGCUGAUCGUGCUGCAUAAGAGACGUUCGUCGCCAUCCUGGAGGGGAUGGACGAGCUGAACGUGAGCUGGGUACGAUGGCGCUGAGGGGCCGAUCGUACUGCAUAAGACGGUCGUCUCCAUCCUGGAGGGAAUGGGCGAGCCGAACCGUGAAUCUGGACACGAUGGCGCUGAGGGGCCGAUCGUGAUGCAUAAGACGUUCGUCGCCACCCUGGAAGGGAUGGACGAGCUGAACGUGAAUCUGGACACGAUGGCGCCGAGGGGCCGAUCGUGAUGCAUAAGACGUUCGUUGCCACCCUGGAAGGGAUGGACGAGCUGAACGUGAGCUGGGUACGAUGGCGCUGAGGGGCCGAUCGCACUGCAUAAGACGGUCGUCGCCAUCCUGGAGGGAAUGGGCGAGCCGAACCGUGAAGCCAGGGACGAUGGCGCCGAGGGGCCGAUCGUACGGCAUAAGACGGUCGUCGCCAUCCUGGAGGGAAUGGGCGAGCCGAACCGUGAAGCCAGACACGAUGGCGCUGAGAAGCCGAUCGUGCUGCAUAAGACGGUCGUCGCCAUCCUGGAGGGAACGGGCGAGCCGAACCGUGAAGCCAGAUACGAUGGCGCUGAGGGGCCGAUCGCACUGCAUAGGACGUUCGUCGCCAUCCUGGAGGGAAUGGGCGAGCUGAACGUGAGCUGGGUACGAUGGCGCUGAGGGGCCGAUCGUACGGCAUAAGACGGUCGUCGCCAUCCUGGAGGGAAUGGGCGAGCCGAACCGUGAAGCCAGACACGAUGGCGCUGAGAAGCCGAUCGUGCUGCAUAAGACGGUCGUCGCCAUCCUGGAGGGAAUGGGCGAACCGAAUCGUGAAGCCAGAUACGAUGGCGCUGAGGGGCCGAUCGCACUGCAUAGGACGUUCGUCGCCAUCCUGGAGGGAAUGGGCGAUCCGAACGUGAAAGAGACACGAUGGCGCUGAGGGGCCGAUCGUGAUGCAUAAGACGGUCGUCGCCAUCCCGGAGGGAAUGGGCGAGCCGAACCGUGAAGCCAGAUACGAUGGCGCUGAGGGGCCGAUCGCACUGCAUAGGACGUUCGUCGCCAUCCUGGAGGGAAUGGGCGAGCUGAACGUGAGCUGGGUACGAUGGCGCUGAGGGGCCGAUCGCACUGCAUAGGACGUUCGUCGCCAUCCUGGAGGGAAUGGGGCGAUCCGAACGUGAAAGAGACACGAUGGCGCUGAGAAGCCGAUCGUGCUGCAUAAGACGGUCGCCGCCAUCCUGGAGGGAAUGAGCGAGCCGAACCGUGAAGCCAGGUACGAUGGCGCUGAGGGGCCGAUCGCACUGCAUAAGACGUUCGUCGCCAUCCUGGAGGGAAUGGGGCGAUCCGAACGUGAAAGAGACACGAUGGCGCUGAGAAGCCGAUCGUGAUGCAUAAGACGUUCGUCGCCACCCUGAAAGGGAUGGACGAGCUGAACGUAAGCUGGGUACGAUGGCGCUGAGGGGCCGAUCGUACUGCAUAAGACGGUCGUCGCCAUCCUGGAGGGAAUGGACGAGCCGAACCGUGAAUCUGGACACGAUGGCGCUGAGGGGCCGAUCGUGAUGCAGAAAAAUAGUGAUGAUCAUCUCAUGGCCCUCGGCCUCUCGCGGCCCUCGGCCGUGCUGGUGAUGUGUCAAGUCUCUCUCCUGAUUGGCUGUGAGAAGCCGAUCGUCUGCCAGGACUCCAUCCGGGAAGGAAUGGUGAGCCUGAAAUAAAUCUGGGCGAUGUCCCUCCUACCUGAUCUGGGGAGCUGGUAUUCGUCGUUUAAGACAAAAGAAAACCUGAUGUUAGCCGAUCGUCGUCGGCCACCUCAUUCUUCGUACUUAAGUUUUGUAAUUAUUCUUUUACAUAUGUUUUUCAGUUUGUACUUCCCGGCCAAUAGCGCCGAGGGAUAAAAUCAUUCUUUGCUCCGUGCUCUUCUGGCAUCUUUUUUUUUUUUUUUUGGAGUCUUUUAGUCUUCGUUCGUCAUUGGUCCUUGGUCCUACCGGCGUUCUUACAUCGAAGAGACGUUCGGUAUCCGCGGACAUCGCAAUGAGGAACAGGUAUAUCUACAUCGAGAUUCCCCCUUUUUUUUGUUCGUCCGUGGUCCUUUUAGUCUUACCGGCGUCUCUUGCUUCGAAGAAGACGUUCGGUACCCAAGGAACUCGCAGGGACGAACUGGUUUACCCUCACGGGUUCCCGACUUUGUUAUCCCACGUCCAUCGAUCCAUGGUCAUUGUGGGAUAAACAGGUUUAUCUUGGCAAAGCUCCCUUGGUUCGUCUAGCCCCCUCCGCGUCUCUACUAACCUCUACAUCGAGAGGCGUUCGUCUUCGGCGGUGGGAGAAGAUCUGGCACGCCCGGGCAAGAUUCCCUUCCACAUAGGAGCUACCCUCCUCUUCUCCCCAUCUUCUUUCUCUUUUUUUUUUUUUUUUGAGGGAGGCAAUCUAUAUUCUUCGUUCGUCCUUGGUUCUUGGUCCUACCGGCGCUCUUGCUUCGAAGAGACGUUCGGUAUCCGCGAAACUCACAAGGAGGAACAGGUUUAUCUACAUCGAGAUUCCCUAGCUCUUCUUAGUCCGUCCCUGGUCUGUGGUCCUACCGAUCUUCCUACAUCGAAGAAGACAUUCGGUAUCCAAGAAACUCGCAGGGAUCACGGGAUGUCACACAUAAUGGUGGUGGCAUAGCUAACGAAUAUAAUGACGAGGCGAUGGAGACGCUGGUCGUCAUGCGGAGGCGAUGGUCACCCUUCUGAAGGGAGGGGUGAGCCCAAUCGCUAACUCAAGAAGGUCGGCAUUGGGAGCCGAUAUACAAUGAUCAUAAUGUCGCUGAGCAGUCGGUCCUGAUAAUGGAGACGGCAAUAGUGUCCAGCUCAGGCCGAUAUAUCCGAGCAACGGCUCUCAUCCAACGCAGCGCGGGGAUGAAACCGGUCUUCAAAAGAUAAAUAUGUCGUGCCGAGAGGCCGAACAUAACAUGAUAGUGUCGGCAGUGAGAGGCCGACCUGAAAGAAUCAAACAAUGGUCCUCGUCCGCGAUGUGGCGGGGACGAGGCCGGUCUUCAAAAGAUAAGCACGCCAAGCCGAGAGGCCGGUCGUGGUAUGAUGAUGUCGGCGAUGAGAGGCCGAACAUGAUGUGAUAGUGUCGGCACUGAGGGGCCGACCUGCAAUCCAGCAACGGCUCUCAUCCGCGCAGUGCGGGGAUGAGGCCGGUCUUCAAAAGAUAAACACGCCGAGCCGAGAGGCCGGUCGUGAUAUAAUGAUGUCGGCAACGGGAGGCCGAUCAAGUGUAUCCGUGCAACGGCUCUCAUCCGCGCAGCGCGGGGAUGAUACCGGUCUUCAGGUGAUAAACACGCCGUACCGUGAGGUCGGUCGUGAUGUAAGGAUGGUCCCACGACCCUCGGCCGUAGUGGUCUCCUCUAGGCCACCGGCUCCUGGUGUGGAGAUGCUCGUAUCACGGCUCUCAGCCGUGAUGGUUUCCUCUUGGCCCUCGGCCUCUGGAUGAUGGAUGAUCGUCUCACGGUUCUUCGCCGUGGCAGUUCCCUCUAGACCCUCGGCCUCUAGGUGUUCUUCCUAGGCCAUCGGUCUCUGGGGUGGAGAUGCUCGUCCCACGGUUCUCAACCGUGGUGGUCUCCUCUAGGCCCUCGGCCUCUAGGUGGAGAUGCUCGUCUCACGGUCCUCAGCCGUGAUGGUCUCCUCUUUAGCCGGCCCUGCACGUCUUCAAGACUCGGGCCGAGCGUCUUCUAAUCAUUUCGCUCCCGCGCGCCGAGUGGCUUCAGCUACGCAAUAAGCAUGGUAACGGGCCGCACGGCCCGACAAUAUGUAUACACACAUAGCCAUCUGUAUGGCUCCCUUUUUAACAUCCACGAUUACCGGCCUAUGGGUCAUCGUGACCCUCGGCCCGGCUCAUCGUGCGGGGUUAAUGGACGUAGCAGCUCGCGGCGGGGCCAAUCAGCGGCCCGCCGAACGUUACAUAGAGAUAAUCAUUGGUCUGUGAGUUUGAAAACUCAGACCCAAGUUGGUCGCACUGCCCUCGAAAAAACGUGGUGGAGCGCUUCGGUGCCCUCGGGCCCCACAGGCCGCGUUUGGCACAGUCACUUCGCGCCUAAUGGCGCAGAUUACAUUGGGGUAUGAUCGUCGAUCGGGCACAUAGUGCCAUGCGGACUAAUGCGCAACCCUCAAAUUAAAAUGCGUCGUCGGGGCAUCGCCCUUCUGGAGACGCUCGGAUCGCUUAAUCAAGCCAACCGAGAGUGGGCCAACAGGCCCACAAGAAAUUAAAUAUCCAAUAAAAUGUUGGCUGAACCAACCAUCACUAGAGCUUCGCUCCACAUUAUUUAAUUCGGGACAUUUUUAUCCCUAAUAAAUAAUAGUGGUGUAACAGGUAAUAGCAAUGAUAUUUUCCUAUCAAAGGCCAUUCAGGUACGCUCCGCUCGCUAAUUAAAGCCGAUUGGGAGCGGGCCGACAGGCCCACAACAACGGUCAUUAAAUUUAAAUGACUGUUAAACUACUUAUCACAAGAGCGUCACUCGACAUUAUUUAAUUUUGGGAGUUUUAAUCCCUAAUAAAUAAUGGUGAUAAAAACUAAUAGCAAUAAUAUACCAUUGUAAAUUAAUUAAAAGGGUAGGAACAUGGACUUAGCUGGUGGAGACAAAGAUUCGGCCAAUUGGGAAUUCCUGAGGUUUAUUUUGAUUCCCUUUGGCUUUGACUUUGGCCAAAAUUCUCCCGCUUUACCCGUCUGCUACCAUUCAUCUUCGGACGUGGCCCUUUAAGAGCCAUAGCAUUUGUUCGGUGUGCAGUACUCCGUAUCCUCUGGAAAGCUGGCUGAAGCAACGGUUCACCAACCCAAGGCCACACGACGGAGGUACAAGCACUUGCAGCGGAAAAGGGGCGUCCGACUGGUCGGGUUCCGGUGGGAGAUCUGUUACUCGAGCUUUGAGAGUACCCUCCCCGAGCUCCAAACCCCCGUUAAUGGCAGAGGUCAAAGAAACUCCCAGUCGGCGGGUCCUCGCGUCGCGUCGGCAGAACAGGAUGGCCGGUGGAGGACUGGAGGUUCGAGCCGCGGUUGACCAGGUGGUGUGACGACUCAGGCGGUGGUCGGUGAAACCAGAUGCUGGCCACGAGCGACUCCGUUGCAGGCGGCGUUUCACCAGAAGCCGGGAUCACCAAAUGGAGCGCUGCCGCGAGCUCCAUCCAGCGCGCGUACACUCGCCUAAGGUUUCAUGGCGGCGGGAAUGAUGACGGCGGUUCCGGCGAUUCCGGCGGUUCCGGCAGCUCUGGCAGUUCCUUCCCAGAUCUGGAAUUUUCCAGAAUCAUUUUCUCAGAAAUUUUCUUCCUUCGGAAUCUUCUUCCUCCUAUUUUGCUUUCCAGAAUGCUUUUUCUUUGUUGGAAUCAGUCUACUCGUAUGAAUUUUUUGUAGAAACUCAAUAGAAACUCAAGAACAGUAGAAAUACAUGAAUCUUUUUGGACAGAUUCCCACAGACGGCGCCAGUGUUGAGUUUAAUCCAACACGAUAUACUCCCUCCGUCCCUAUUAACUUUGCCAAGUUUGACCGGCACGGGAAUUAAUAAAGUAAAAAUUGUGUGGUUGAGGUUUGUGCAGAGGAGAGAGAAUUAACUGAAACCACAAAUUCUUUACUUAAAUGGGAAAGUGGCAAAGUUAUUGGGACAUCCAAAAAAGGAAAGUUGGCAAAGUUAUAAGGGACGGAGGGAGUAGUAAAUAUAUGUAUGAACACUCAGUUUUUACGUGGAAACCCGAAAGGGAGAAAACCACGGGACUUUUUAGGCUAAUGUCCAAGUCCUCUCUUUCUCAUUAGGACUCUCCUCACCAUUACAUAGUACAUUUUGAGCUCCUAUUAAUGGAGUCUUGCAAGCUAUUCUAGAAGAGGAAAGAAGAAGGAAGGGAUCCUUUUACAUGGAGGGAAACCUCCUAUUUAUAGGGAAUAGGGGGAAAGGGGGCUCUCCACCCUAACGGGCCGAAUGGGCCAAAAUGGGCCCAAAGGCCGAAACAGGCCUGAUAGGCUAAAAUGGGCCUUACUGAUUGGGCUCCGUACUACGUAAAGUCUUGGGCUCCUGAACAGUAAUAGGCCGGGAUGAUAUAUCCCAACACAUACUAAACCAAACCAAACUAGACAAGUAAAUUUCAGUCCAAGUAAAAACAUUUCAAGUCUUGUUUAAUCUGGGAUUGAAACGGUGAAACCAGUCAAAGUAAAAACAUUCUAGAUUAUGUUAAACACUUAAUCAAAAAAUGAAUAUACUUUUUCAAAAAUUUUAAGGAAAAAUAACUUUAAAUAAUAUGAACUACGGAGUAUCAUCCAUAAAACAAUAAUAAUAUGCACUUUGAAAAUAAAUUUUAAUAAU